GUGGAGAAGUCCCGUACACAACUCUGGCCACCCGAAUGAUGAUGGGGGCUUGGUGGCUGUUUGCUUUGAUUGUCAUCUCAUCUUACACAGCAAAUCUUGCCGCUUUCCUCACCAUCACCCGCAUUGAAAGCUCCAUCCAGUCUCUCCAGGACCUUUCCAAGCAAACAGAUAUUCCUUACGGCACGGUCCUGGACUCUGCAGUUUAUGAGCAUGUUCGCAUGAAAGGAAUGAAUCCUUUUGAGAGGGACAGCAUGUAUUCCCAAAUGUGGCGGAUGAUCAACCGGAGCAACGGAUCGGAGAAUAACGUCCUGGAGUCCCAAGCAGGCAUUCAAAAGGUGAAAUAUGGAAAUUAUGCUUUUGUAUGGGAUGCAGCUGUAUUGGAAUAUGUGGCAAUCAAUGACCCAGAUUGUUCCUUUUAUACCAUUGGGAAUACCGUUGCUGAUCGCGGAUAUGGAAUUGCAUUACAGCAUGGCAGUCCUUACCGGGAUGUUUUUUCACAAAG